CUCCAUGCAAUCUCCCCUUGCUUGGUAGGGGAAGAUCUUCAUCACCUCCUUUGCAGUUCUAAACGAUCAAACUCGCCUUAGCCAAUAUGGCCGUAAACAAAAAGGGAGCUCUUAUAGGAGGCUCUGUGAUCCUUCUUGUUGCCAUCGUCGCCGCUGUCAGUGUAGUCGUCACCCACAAUCGCUUCGCAACCAAAUCUGCAGCACCUUCAGGUAGCACCAACCUUCAAAGCACCUCAAGAUCGGUUCAAGCCAUAUGCGAGCCCACAGACUAUCCUGAUAUUUGCGAGUCGGCUCUUUCCAAAGUAGCCAAAAACACCACCGACCCCAAGGAGCUCAUCAAGCUCUCCUUCCAGGUCGCCACGGACCACCUUCGACAAGCCUUCCAGCAUUCGAAGCUCCUCUCAACGGCAGCGCGGGAUCCCCGCACCAAGGACGCCCUCAACACCUGCCGCGAGCUAAUGGAAUACGCCAUCGAAGACAUCAAGACCUCCUUCAAAAAACUCGGCGGCUUCAACACGUCCGAACCCGCGAAAGCCGUCGACGAGCUCAAGCUCUGGCUCGACUCCGCCGCCACGUAUCAAGAGACCUGCCUCGACGGCUUCGAGAACACAACCGGAGACGCCGCAGCCGGCAUGCGGAAGGCCCUCAAUUCUUCCAUGGCGCUCACCGACAACGCGCUAGCGAUCGUCGGCCACCUCGCGAAGUUCGUCGACGGGUUGAAGCUACCUGACGUGCUGGGCCGGCGGCGGUUGCUGUCGGACGAGGAGGUGGAGGCUGUAAAGCAGAAGGAUUUUCCGGCUUGGGUUAGUGCUGAUCGGAGGAAAUUGCUUUCGAUUCCGCCGUCUGGGAUUAAGCCGGAUGUGGUGGUCGCGCUGGAUGGGAGUGGUGAUUUCUCGAGCAUUAAUUCAGCGCUGGGCGUGGCGCCAAUUAAGAGUUUGACGCCGUUUGUCAUAUACGUGAAGACCGGAGUGUAUAAGGAGAAGGUGACGGUGUACAGGAACCAGACUAACAUAAUCAUUGUAGGCGAUGGCGCAACGCAGACUAGGGUUACGGGAAGCCUCAACUUCAUUGAUGGGGUCGGCACUUUCAAGACCGCCAGUUUCGUGGUAAUGGGCGAGGGAUUCAUCGCACGGGACAUGGGCUUCGAGAACACCGCUGGUCCAGCCAAACACCAAGCCGUCGCCCUCCUCGUUCAGGCCGACCGCUCAGUCUUCUACCGCUGCCAGAUGGAUGCUUACCAAGACACCCUCUACGUCCACACCCUCCGCCAAUUCUACCGCGACUGCACCAUCUCCGGCACCAUAGAUUUCAUCUUCGGCGACGCCAAAGCCAUCUUCCAAAACUGCCAAAUCUUCGUUCGCAAACCGCUCGAAAACCAGCAAAACAUCGUCACCGCACAAGGCCGCAAGUCCCGUCAAUCCGCCACCGCAAUCAUCCUCCACAACUGCACCAUCACCGCCGACCCCUCUUUCCCCCCCGCCUUCCACGCCAAGAACCCUACCUACCUCGGCCGGCCGUGGAAGGAGUUUUCAAGAACGUUUGUCAUCCAGUCCUUUCUCGAUACGCUCGUGCAUCCUAAUGGGUGGCUGCCAUGGCUCGGGGAUUUUGGGCUGAGGACGUGCUUUUAUACAGAGGUGGAUAACAGGGGACCGGGGGCGGAUAAGAGCCUGAGGGUUAAGUGGAAGGGGGUGAAGAAUAUUAGCUAUGCGCAUGCGCAGAAGUUUACAGUUGAGCGUUUUCUGUGGGGAAAUGACUGGCUCCCUUCGACCCAGGUGCCAUAUAUUCCGGUAUUGUUGCCGCAGUCGUUGCCUGAAAGGAUUCACUGAUGAGAGAUUUCUUCUUGUUGUCUUCAUAUAAACAUAUCCUUGUCUUCCAUAAAAGAGAUGAAAGUUAGUAUCUUUAUGAUGCAUACGUUGUUUUGUUUUAAAAAUUUCAUCUUUUUUUUUUUCCUUCGGUGUU